AUGUCUAUUCAAACUAUUAUCGAAUCCAUUAAAUCCGUUAAUACUAUCGAUUUAUUCAUUUUAAUCUUUGCUACUUGUAUCUCUACCUAUAUCUUUAACUUUUAUUACAAAUACUAUACUCGUCCCAAUCCGCUCCCUGGUCCAUUUCCUUUACCAUUUUUUGGAAACAGUCAUAACUGUGGCCCCGAUGUAAAGGAAUUUUAUGAACAAUGUCAACAAAAAUACGGAGAUAUUUGUGAAGUGAUGCUCGAUCGCAGAUAUAUCAUUCUUUCACGGCCAAAUUAUAUUAAAAAACUUUUUUCUCCUGCGCAAUUUUACAUGAGACUUCCAAAUUCUCAAGGUACAGUUGAAUUGGGAAUGUGCAACCAUGGACUUUUCUUCAAUGAAACUUAUAAAAGUUGGAAUUAUAAUAAACAGUUCUUUGCUGAGGCAUUAUCAGCUAAAUUUAUUGAAGCAUCUAUAAUAAAUAUAAAUCAAAUAUAUGAAGAAAUGAGCGGUUAUUGGCAAUCCCUUGGAAAGCAAAAUGCUUCAAAGAAGAACAAUAAUAAUAAUUGGACAUUAGAAACAGAUUUUUCAGCAUGGUUUCACGGAUUUAUUAAUGAUGUUACUUCAAUACUUGCCACUGGAAAACGCACGUAUUCAAUUACUUCCUACUAUAACACACUAAGCAUUAACAAAUCCGAACUUCCUGAUGCAUUAGUUGAAGAUGGAAACAACUUUGUCAAAGCACUUGUAAAAUUUCUUGAAAGCCUCUUGUUUUUCUCGUUCUAUAGCCCUUUUACUAGACAUUACGUUCCAAUAUUCAAAAGCAAAUCAAAUUCUUAUUUAAGUAACCGUGAUUACUUGUAUAACAAAUUGGAUAAUAUAGUUAAAAAGAGAAGAACUGAAAUCAAAGAAAUGCCAGAAACAAGAAUGAAAAAAGACAUGCUUACUUCCUUAAUUACAGCAGAAACUGUUGUUGAAGGCGAGAAAUUUAAACCUAUGACUGAUGUAGAGAUAAGAAUGAAUUUGCUAGAUAUUUUUUUGGGUGGAUCAGAUACUACUGCAAAUUUAUUCUGUUUCAUAACCUACUACCUUUGUAAACAUCCCAAUGUAAAAGAAAAAAUGCUUUCGGAAAUUGAUUCUAUAUCUAAAUCUUUUGGUAAACCUUACUUAUCAUGCGACGAUCUCAGAAAACUAAAAUAUUGUGAAGCUAUAAUUAAGGAAGCUAGUCGUCUAAUGGCACCGGUACCUUUUACAUUCCGUCACACCACUAGUGAGUGUGAAAUUGCAGGAUAUAAAUGGCCAGCUGGUACAGAUUUUCAUAUAAAUUUUGCAGGAGCACAUGGUCACCCUGAGUGUUGGGAUAAUCCUAAAAUUUUUGAUCCGGAUAAGUUUUGUAAUAAUGAUAACGAUAACGAUAACGAUAGAUCUGCUUGGAUGCCGUUUGGUGGAGGUAAACGUAUAUGCCCUGGAAAAAAUCUGGCAACGAUCGAGUUACUUUUAUUAAUGUCUUCAGUAUAUAAAAAUUAUAAUGUUGAGUUAGUGAAUGAGCAUGAGCCAUUGAAAGUUAAUACUCAAUUGAUUGCUAACUGUACAGAGUUGAAAGUUAGAAUUAGUCCUCGAACUUAA